CUGGUGUCGUGGACGACGUCCCUCUGUUCUUCGUGCCCGUGGCCCAUGCAGUUGGCGGUGACUUUGAUACGAUCGAGGUUCGACCUGAGAUGUUACUCAAUCUGGAGGAGCAGCGCUACAAUUUUACCUCUUGGUCCAAGCAGAAUGUGGACAAGGCGUCGUCGAAGUUUUGGUUGCAAAUGGGCUUUCACGUGGUGAAAAUGCGGGAUUUGACGCAGUCUUCUGCGUCCUAUUUGGGCCUCAAAGAAAGUAGUGGCAGUGAAGAUGCAG